CCAAAAAAGGUCUGGAGUCAGAGCUGGAGAAAUUGCAGGCUUGACAGAUGCUGCACACCCAUGGGGAGAGAAGAAUAAAGAGAGAGACAAAGAUAGACAGAGAGAGAGGAGGGGACUGAGACUUAAUUACAAACAGCACAGAGGACAACUGUAAGUGACUAUAAACUCGAGGCAGGGAGGAAGAGAGGGCAUGAAGUGUUAAAACUGGAUGUUUGCAUAGAAAAGUCACACUCCUGUACUGUGAUCGUGCAGAGCGCAGAGACAGAAAAGUCACAAGGGCCGGGGGGUGGGGUUAGAUGGUGAUCCAGAAAGAGAUCCAGCGAGUGAGUGUGGGGGGCAGACCAAAAAAGAUAGUGAGGGUGGGCUUAACUGCAAACUGUAAAUCCAGAGGUAGAAGAAGAUCCAGCUUGUCUCACUCUAAAUCCAGCACACCAUGGAUGCCAGCGUUUCACCAGGACUCUAAAGGAAAAGGACUCCUCAGCCACUGGGCGCCAUGUCAACGGGCCCUGGCCUUGGUGGACUUGACCUGGCCGAGGGCCCCCGGACCACGGGACCUGUUGGGCUCCAGACCUUGUUGGAUCUUCUGGUAGGCGUCUACCAGGAGUUUUACUCCUCGUCCUUCGCAAGGGAGAAGUAUGUCUCUGGUUUCCUGCAAUGGGCUGAGCCCCUGGUGAGGCAAGUGAAGAGGACUCGCAUCAAAAGAGAAGACUUUCACAUCCUGAAGGUGAUCGGCCGAGGCACAUUCAGUGAGGUUGCUGUGGCGAGGAUACGAAGCACACAACAGGUGUAUGCUCUGAAGAUUAUGAAUAAGUGGGACAUGCUGAGGCGAGGAGAGACUGCAUGUUACCAGGAGGAGAGGGAGGUUUUGUUGAGAGGUGACAGACGCUGGAUCACAGAGUUGCACUAUGCCUUUCAGGAUGACAACUAUCUGUACCUGGUGAUGGAUUAUUAUGUAGGGGGGGACCUGUUAACUCUGCUCAGUAAAUUUGGAGACCGGAUCCCUGAGGAUAUGGCUCAGUUCUACCUGGCUGAGAUGGUCAUGGCCAUUGACUCUGUCCACAGACUGGGUUAUGUACACAGAGACAUCAAACCUGACAACAUCCUGCUAACAGCUGACGGACACAUCAGACUAGGGGACUUUGGCUCCUGUAUGAGGGUCCAGGAGGAUGGGAUGCUACUGAUUUCAUUGCAGGUUCAGUCGUCUGUAGCAGUCGGGACACCCGACUAUUUGUCUCCAGAGAUUCUAAGGGCAGUCGAGGGAGGUGGACGUUAUGGUCCUGAGUGUGACUGGUGGGCUCUGGGUAUCUGUGCCUAUGAGAUGCUGCUGGGGACCACGCCCUUCUACGCAGAGUCCAUCUCUGAAACAUACGCAAAGAUCAUCCACUUCCAGGAGAAUUUUGAGUUCCCCUCUUCUGGCCCUGAGAUUUCUGACAAGGCUCGUUCCUUCAUUACUGGGCUCAUCUGUGAGAGGGAAGUCCGCCUGGGGAGGAAAAGCUUCAGUGAUUUCAGGAACCAUCCAUUCUUUACUGGGCUGGACUGGGGUUCCCUGCAUAAACUCCCUGCCCCCUUCCUGCCUGAAGUAUCUAAUCCGACUGACACCUCCAACUUCGACAUUCUGGAUGACUGUCUCAGUGAAAUGGAGCUGCUAUCUGAUGUAAUGGACAGAGCUCCAGUAGGAAUACACUUGGCUUUUGUUGGAUACUCUUACACCGCUACCAGUCAGACUGGUGCCAUCGACCGCAGUCAGGACAUCAUGAUGCAGAUUGACCACACAAGGCUCAGGGACUACGAGAGUUUUUACACACCAGAGAAACUGAGCCAGCUGUGGAAGCUCACAGAGGCUUUACCGGACCACCUGCCUGCACUGCUGGAGCUCCCACUCACUCUGGAGCAAGGGCCAACAUCCACCCACACCACCACCGACAAGGAGGAGACUGACCAAAUAUCAGGACUCAAUGAAGACUUGCAAAGACGUUUACAAGAUGCAGAGAGGAGAUAUUGUGAGCUGGAGAAAGAAAUGGCGCGAUUGAAGGGGGAGAUGAAGGACUGGAGAGCUCCCAAAGAGACAGAGCUGAGUAUCUGCCCAGCAUCUCUUGCUCUGCCUGCCUACUAUGUGGAUGCACCAGGGGAUAGGGAGAGAGUGGCCACAGCUUGCCAUUACCCACUGGUGAUACCUCUGCACCGCCACCUGGUCCUGUUCCACAGGGUUCGCCUGCCACAGGUGAGGUGUGAGUCAUAUCUGCUGGUGUGUGCAGAAGGUGGGGAGCUCCAAGCUUGGGAGAGACACUGGUGUACUGAGCUCUCCUAAAUGCACCUGCUGACUUCUCCCACUAUAACAGGACAAAGUGCUGAGCCCCUGCUCUACGCUCACUCCGUGCCCCACUCCUCAGCCUUAACUCCCCAAGAUAAAGGAAAAGCCGGUCUAAGAGACUUUUAAUGAGAGCUUCUGAGCGUGUCAUCACUGUAUGAGAUUUUCAGAAUGAUGAGAAAGCCAGGUUAGGCUGCUGGGAGCUAAGGAAGAAAUGAUGAGGACAUCUUCUGACCUACCUUGCCAGCUUACCAGACUGAAUGUCACAAUAGAGAUGCACUGAGUUCAGACCUCACUCGCACUGAUGUGUGACAAUGACAGUGAUGUUUGAGUGGCGCAGAGAGGGGCAAGGGAAAUCGCUCCAUGAGCAUAGACUGCUAUCUUCAGGUAUUUCAGCCCAUAUAGGUGCAGUUGCUACAGUGAAUGUAAUUUCUCUUUGCCUUCUCUCUGUACCGUGUAUCUGCACCCAGGGGUGGUUUGUACUUUUGUUGCACUACUAUAGGCAUGUUUUUGCUGUGCCUGUGUUCAAAAGGUUACUCAUAAUUACUAUGACAUCUGUACAGUAUACUAAUUUAUGCCAUACCACCACUGGCACUUACAGUGUGACCCUAAUUCCCUGAAUAAUACUGAGGGUAUGCUUUUUUCCUCAGUUGUACCUGCGGCCCCCAGUAAUGACGUGCACUACUACUCUGCUGAUACUCUUCUGCUAGAGCUGUUGGCUGCUGCAGCCCCCUCCACAGCCCCAACAUCAACCUCAUGUUGAAGCUUUGUUUAACAGGAGGUCGAAGUUGAAUUAUGUUUCUCGGCCAAACAAGAAAGUCUCUGGUUAACAUACCUGUAGGUAGAAUUGGAGGAUAAGCAGAGGAGUGUGGUUUCUUCACAUGACAAGCAACAAAAUUAUGGUUUACUGAUUUGGAUAAAACAUUUUGUGGAAAGCAGACUUUGCACUCAUGUGUUGCAUUUGCACUCUCUGUUUCAUAAUUUUUUAGCUACUUUGCUCCAUGUAUUGUAAGACUCAACAAAACUCUGACUUCAUUGACAGAAAUGUAAAACAUGACUUCUAAUACAAAGGAGAAUUUCCCCAGGGGACUCCAAACAGCUGGUGGGAACAGUAACCCCCUGUGCUCAUCGUCUGGUCUGCUGUGUUGCUUUGGUUUGUCUUAGUGCUCAAAAAUAUGUAAGGGAAAUCGAAGAAAUGUAUUUAGGAAGU